AUGGCGUCCGCCCAAAUUCAAGUGUUGCUGGAGGAGCCCAAGCAGGCUGAUUCAGAGAAACGCACACUGGAGUUCCUCAACGCGAGGUACAGGUCGCUGCAGGACUUUGCUGACCAGGCCGAGCUCGCACAUCCGCGUCCUUGCUCUCACUCCGAUGUCGCAGCUCAGCUCGCUCAGUCCCGGCAAGCACUGGACGUACUUGUUGCGCAGACCCGCGAGGACGCGGCCGCGCACCUACACACGGCGCAGGAAUUGUCCCUGCUGAGGCACUCGCUGUCAGAUGAGCUUGCGUACUUCUCGGAGCAGCUGCUGUCGUCACUGGCCGUGUCUGACGGCAAAGUGACGCUGCUUGAGGACCUCGAGGCCUUGCACCGCAACGUGAAGGAGCUGGAAAGCGUCAAGAGUUACGUUCAAGUCAUUCAGCAUGCACUGAAGCUGAGUGAAUACGAAACACUGCAGCGAUUUGUGGCGGCAGUACGGAAUGCGUGCGUCAAGGUUGAGGAUGUCGCCGGCCAGCAGCAGUUGCAUAUACUUCAUUUCCUUGAGCACAUCAGGGACAAGACUUGGCAGGAUAUCAAAGCUGUCUUGGCCGCGACGCUACUGGCUGCCGCAGAGAAAUUACACUGGCCCACGCCCGUGGACUACCUUGCGGCUUCACCAGCGGACAGGGUUGCCUUCGAAUCCGCGUUCCUUAAUUUACUCAAGAUGCAGACAAUCGGCAAGAAGCUCCAUGCUGGGGUCAAGGGCAAGGGUGUCGAGAAAGAGGGGUUGUACCCUGUUCAGGCGUUAGUGCAGCCCGUUUCCUUGCGGUUCAAGUAUCAUUUCGAGGGGACCAGACAGACGAACAGGCUGGAUAAGCCUGAGUGGUAUUUCACGCAUAUACUCAAUGUCUCGCAUGAACAUCGGCGAUUCAUGGAAGGUGUGGUGCAGGCGCUGUUGUCCGGCACUGAAUACAAACAGAUGAACGCCUGGCGAGAGUUCACUUUAUUGCUUCUCCCUUUGCUGGAACGCAAACUCAAGCGGACCGUUCCGUCAUUGCUUUCACAUCCCCCGGUACUCGCACACACCAUCUACGAAUCACUGGCUUUUGACAGCGCUCUCCGGGAGGACAACUUCGAUAUCAACGGCACGUCGGCCGAGAGGGAUGCCGCUGAUGGCGAAAGCAAACCUAACGGAUGGGAAGGCAUCAGCGAUGUUAUUCUGGGACGGAAGGAGUGGUUUGAGACAUGGCUGGAAGGCGAGCGGGAGUUCGCGAUUGACCAAUACAUGAAUAUCAUAAGUGCACCUGACGCCUGGCUCAUUGCUAAUGACUAUGGCGCCGACGAGGACGAUGUGGUCAGCGACCCUGAGUUAAAGCCGACAAAUUCGGCCAGGAGGGUCAAGGCGUUGGUCGAGCAGGUCACCGACCGCUAUUCCCCUCUUCCCCAAUUUGCUCACCGCACUCGAUUCCUCAUCUCCGUACAGCUUCCGAUUCUCGAAUCGUACCAUGCGCGGAUAUCAUCAUCUCUGGACGCGUUUGAGACGCUCUCUUCCUCUUUCAUGCGCGCGGUGCCUGGCGCGCUCGGCGCCGUGACCGAUAGCGCAGGGCGCUCCGCGGAUCCAAAGCAUAUGACGAGUGGGGUUGAGGGCGUCCAGCGGCUCGUGAAGGCGUUGGUUAGCGCGAAGUUCAUUGCAGCCGCAUGCGAGGCAUGGGGCGAGGAACUGUUUUUCUUGGAACUGUGGGCCGAGAUCAAUCGGCGCGCGUCGCUGCGGUCGCGAGCGCAAGCGGCUGCUGCAUUGCCGGAUCCGAAAGGGGGUGAGGAUGCUCCGGAAGGCACGAUCUUCGAGGAGCUCGUUACACAGUACGGCACACUGGCCGAGCGUGCCGAAGACAUGACGGUGCAGUCUGUCUGCAGCGAGAUUGAGGCCGGACUCAGGGCCCACUUUUCUGGUAGUUCCUCGACCCGGGAUGACAUCUCGCUGGCGGCAUCGUUGUUGGGGCCGGUUGCUCUUUUGUCUUCGCAAUUGACGUUUUUGCAAUCGAGCCUCCCGCGUGCUAUGGUCACGACUCUAUACCGCCGUAUGGCUACCCGCUUGUCGGCGCAUAUUCUAUCGCGGCAAUUCCAGUAUCGCGGGCGGGGGCGUCUCAGCCCGCAGGACGGCAAGGCCAUACUCGCUGAGACCGAACUGUGGGUGGAGACCUGCCAGGUCGCAUUGGCUGGCAGCGAGCGACCUAGGGUCGAAGCCCCCUGGAGACGUUUACUGCAAGCCAGUCGCCUGGUGGGUGUGGACGGCAACAAAUGGCAACGGGUGGUCGAUAGCACGUUUGGCGUUACAGAGGAUUCCGAUUGGGAAGCCGUCAUGCUGGAUACGGUUGGCUGUGCCGAGCUUGAUAGAGACGAGGUAGGACAGAUUUUGAGAACCCGAUGGGAUUGUGAUCGGUGA